GCGUGGGGCGCACAGUGCACCUUCCCCUGAUGAGUUUCAAUGACUACCCCUACAGUGUGUCUGCCCUGAGGGCCUGGGAGGAGGAGGACACCAAGCCGCCCCGUGGACUGAUAAGUGUGCCUAAACACAUUGUUCCUGAACGUAGCCUGCAAGGAGUCUUCCUGCCCUGCUCCGACAUGCUCCUCACUGAAGACAGCUCGUGGUUGUUGAAGAAGAAAGAGACAGCGCCCCCUGAGCCCCCCUGUAAGCCCCUGGAGCAGUGCCCUGUCAUCGACAGCCAGGGCCUGGGGGUGGGCCUGGGAUUGGGGGUCCCCUCUGGGCUGGAGGGACAGGUGGAGGAACGCUGUCUAGAGCAGGUCCAGAGCAUGGUGUUGGGAGAGGUAAUGAAGGACAUAGAGACCGCCUGCAAGCUGCUCAACAUUACCCCAGAACCCAUGGAGUGGAACUGUGGGAACGUUCAGAAGUGGCUGCUGUGGACGGAGCACCUGUACAGACUACCCCAGGUGGGCAAGGUGUUCCAUGAGCUCAGUGGGAAGGACCUGUGCUCCAUGACAGAGGAGGACUUCAGGCAGCGCUCAAUGCAGUGUGGAGACCUGCUGUUUGCGCACCUGGACAUCUGGAGAUCAGCUGCGUGCAUGAAGGAGUGCUGCACACCAGGAGAUACCAGGUUACAUGAUGCUGAGGAGACGUAUCCAGAGGCUGAUUCCUCCUGCUCAAGCCAGCCCAUCCACCUGUGGCAGUUCCUUAGACAGCUGCUCCUCAAGCCACACAACUAUGGACGAUGCAUCCGCUGGCUCAACAAGGAGAAAGGUAUCUUCAAAAUCGAAAACUCGGCUCAUGUGGCCAGGUUAUGGGGCCUCAGGAAGAACCGUCCAGCUAUGAACUAUGACAAGCUGAGUCGCUCUAUCCGACAGUACUACAAGAAGGGUAUCAUCCGCAAACCUGAUGUGUCCCAGAGACUGGUCUAUCAGUUUGUCCACCCUGUAUGAAGCUGUGGAGCAGCCAGCCAGAAGAGGAGAAGACGAGUGGUGAUGAUGACUGUUGACAACUAAAUGAAAAGAAGCCUCUAACUGCUGUUUUAGCUCCAGCAAAAACAAUGCACUGUAUAGACUGCCUCCUGCAUUGUGCACUCCUGCCUAAUUUCAAUAUUCUUAUGUGUAACCUGAUUGCAUAUGGGGAUUUAUUGUCACGUUGCAUUAGAUAUGUAAUGUUUUACAUUUCCAAUAUUGUUUAAACAAUUUUUAUAUUUAAUUGUCCAAUAUUUCAUUUUCACAAAUAUCAAUUCCAUGUUUGUAUACUUUUUCUCUGAUUAUGAACUCACAUGAAUCACCAGUACAUCUGCUACUAUUUAUUUUUUCAUUUGUAAUGGUUGCUCUUUUUAGUGCCAUUUACAUUUCAACAUGUCCCUCCUUACAACCCAUAGCACUUACACAUGUUACAUUUGACAUAAUUAGUUAUCUGAAGCUUGCUUUGGAAACUACAGGGGACUAAGCUAUGGUGAAUAUGUAAUGUACUAUAGAAUGGAUUUAAUAUGUUCACUACUGAUCUCUAGUAGUAGUCCAAUGUUAAGGCCACUUCAUAGGUCACAGUCACAGCUGUUUACCACAUAGGGCCAAUUAUGAUCCUGAUGUACAUUUGUAAUAUCACCGAUCUCAUUGAAUUGAAGAGAAAUGAUUUGACUCCAGUGCCCAUUCCCUGGUGGAAGAAUAAAGUCUAAUAGAAAUGUGUAAAUACAGUGAACUACUGUAAUAUAAGCAUUUCAAUACCACUGCCACAUUUCAAGUGCUAGGAUCUGUAUGUAGAGACGAACACCAGUGACAGAGAUUAGUGACUGGAUACAUACAAAUGUUGGAAUAUAAUAUUGAAUAUUUAUAAAUGAGAAUCUGUGUGUAAGAAUGUAUUUAAAUACUGAAUGUGUUUAAAAUAACAUGACAUAAUAAUGUGUGUUUUUAUGCUUUUUUCAUCAAGCAUACCAUAACCCAUAACGCACAGUCAAAAUCCAUUCAAAAAACACACACAGACACAAAACGUUUUGUUUGUAUUCUCAACAAACUUGUUUUCCCCUUUCAAACCAAUAUCGUAAUAUUGACACCAUCACAAUAACUUUGAUUCAGAAUAUCAUAAUUAUUAUCAUAAUCAUAAUAAUCUUUAUGCAUAUUUAAAUGAACCUUGUGUAACAUUAAGAUGAACAGGCACUACACCAGUUAGGAGAUAAAAUUACAUCACUAACUAUAAACAUACAUACGUCUGCUAAUACAGGGGUUUCACAACAUGAGCCGUUGCCCCAUUGUGUGCAUAAGGAAGAGAAAAAUCAACAUAAAAAACAUUUACAUAUACACCAUUUUUACUGCCUCAACGUAGUUAGGUUUAAUUUCCAACUCAACACAGUUGUACAGUUACAAUAGAAUAUAAUCCUUAAAUUACAUCAUCAUAUACAAAUCUGACAGCGUGGGGUAACAUCACGCUCUUAUAUGGUACAUUGACAAUUCCACUGCGAUGCAAUUCAAACGAUAUGGUACCUAUUACUUAAUAUGCUUUCCAUUGCUGUUAUUUUGUUGUAACACAUUUGCAUGUAUGACACUACAUUUUGUCUUAAUUGAUCACUUGCAUUUUUGUCCUUUUUUUUUCUCUUUACAAUUACACAACUCAUACACGCUGGAUGAUAAAGAUGUUUGUUUUCCCCAAAAAUAUCUACUCGAGGUGUGUGUGUGUGUGUGUAAAGGAUAUAAGAUCAUUCGAUGAUAUUAGUUAUUUUUGCUAGGCAGCUUACACUAAGACACAUAACUUGUGAGCAGGUGAUGUGUUCUCCCAACAGUGAAACCAAGACCUGGUGAAUUCUCAUCUGAAACCAUAACCUAAACACAUCUUGCCACUAUAUAAAUGUUCUAUGACAUAAAACUUGAGGUCUAACCUCAUGUCCAUGACCCAUGUUCUGUGCAAAGCAUUCUGCUCUCACAACAUUAUUGCAUGUCUGAUUUAGAUAGCCCACCAUUGGCAACAAUAUUUGCAUCGGACAUCUGAUAAGCUAGAUUUCUCAGCAAGUAACGUUACUGUAGUAUUUUCUGUAUAUACAGUAUAUGUAUUUAAAGCAGGGGCUGAGUUAGGUGUGUGCAUGUGAAGUAUACUACCAGGAGCAAUCUAAAGUAGAGUUAAUUACUGCUGACAAAUACAUUAUUUCUGAUAUACUGUAGUCACUGUGGUAUGCGCUCGUCUUCCCCCUGUGGACCACAUAUUAAAUGAUCAAAGAAAUACUGAGACAACAGGAAGCAGUUAGUUGUAUGACAGGGUUAUGUGAUAUGGGAGUUAUUGCAUGGAGAAAAUCAUUUUAUGCAUUUCAGAUUUCGGUCAUUCUGACCCGAGUUAAAUGCGCGUAAAUGGAACCUAAUUCCAUUUUUAUGCACUUUUCUCUCUUUGCAUAUUCUGACCUUGAACUUAAGCAUGAGAAUAUCAUGCUAUUCACCCGCUAUUCGUUCGGGGUAGAGAUCUAAGAAAUGAAGGUGUGUCUACAGAUACACCGUAUUCUGACCUUGACAUAAUUCCUUAAUAAUUCCACUACCUUUACGCGCGAGGAAACCAUGAAUAAUCUGUAGCGAACCUACCGGUUCCAAUUGGAAAAAGCAUUCUCCAUGCACUGUAAUUUAUAAAUAGAUAAUAGCUAUUGAUAAGAUCUAGGUAAAUGAGUAAUCCGUUUGGAGAAGGGGAUUGUAAAUACACAUAGAAAAUGUUUUAGAUAAUUUUUCCUUAUGAUCACUGGAGACGAAUGUGAAACCAGCCAUAUGGAAGCAAACUGAAAAUCAUAUCAACAUGACAUGUAUUGCUGCCUCUUUUCCACAGUGAAAUAGGCUAUAAAUAGCUGGGCCAUUAUUUACAAAUGUAAUUGUGUACCUAAUAAUUUGUGUGGAUGAAAUUUGGAGACCCAAGCUAUAGGCUUCUGUAGGGCUGAACUUGCCUAGUUGAUGAUGUAUGCACAUUAGAAUGUUUUAAUUAUAUACCCGGUAUUUUCUCCUUUUUAUUUUACAAUUUGUAUAAUGUUAAAUAUUAGCCAC